AUGAAAGGCAUAGAGCAAAGCGAUCUCUGUAUCAAGAUCGAUCCAUUGUUUAAUGCAUCCAUGAAGACAUCGGCAACUAUAUAUGUUGAUGAGGAGCUGAGGAAACCUUUGAUUGAAGAGUUGGAUGCUGGGGUGGCUCUGUCUUCUAUUUCUCAGAUAUCUGAUGUCUGCUCUCUACCAGGACUCAUUGGAGAUGUCAUAGGAUUGCCAGACAUACACACUGGGUAUGGAUUUCCAAUAGGAUCUGUUGCUGCAUUCGACAUCAACAAUCCCGAGUCGGUGGUAAGUCCUGGAGGGGUUGGAUAUGACAUCAACUGUGGAGUUAGAGCAUUGAGGGCCAACCUCGACAUAGACCACUUUAGAGCUUGUGCGGAAUCUCUUGCUGAUGAACUCUUCAAUAUAAUACCCACUGGAGUAGGAAAUGAUAAAGGAUCAAGAAUUGAAAUGAGUACGUUGAAUUCCAUCCUGGAUCUCGGGUUAAGUCAUCUGCUGAAAUCAAAGGAGAUAUGUGAUGAGGAUGUGGAAUAUUGCGAAAGCAGGGGAUAUAUGGAUGGAAACAGCCGUCUUAUUGGACAGAAAUCAAAGGGGAGGGGAUUGAAUCAACUUGGGACUCUUGGGUCUGGAAAUCAUUAUCUAGAGGUUCAAUAUGUCGACGAGGUGUAUGACACAGAGAAGGCAGAAAUAAUGGGCAUAAGGAAAGGACAGAUAAUUGUGAUGAUCCACACAGGAAGCCGUGGUCUUGGACAUGGAGUAUGCCACAAUUCUCUAAUGAAGAUGGCGGGAAUGGCGCCUGACUAUGGCCAGCUUGCAUGUUCCCGUUUCAACUCGGAGGAAUCCCAAGAGUAUCUUCUUUCGAUGGGAUGUGCGGCAAACUUUGCCUUUGCUAACAGAGCGAUGAUAACCAAGAGUGCUAGGAAGGCGUUUGAAAAGGUGUUUCCAGGCUCGAGGCUUGAGCUGAUUUAUGAUGUUUGCCACAAUAUUGCAAAGAAAGAGAAGCAUAGAGUCCAUGGGAAAGAAUACGAUGUUCUCGUGCACAGAAAAGGAGCUUCCAGGGCAUUUCCUCCAUUCCAUGCAGACAUUCCGUGGAAAUACAAAGAAAUAGGACAGCCAGUGAUAGUAGGGGGAUCGAUGGGAACAUACAGCUACAUUCUGUGUGGAUCGGAGAAGUCCAUGGAGUUGAGUUUUGGAUCAACAUGCCAUGGGGCAGGACGUGUCCUUUCUAGAAGCAGGUCAAAGGAUUUAUUUACUCAAGAGAGCGUGCGUGAUCUUCUAAGGAGUCAAGACAUAGUAUUUAGGUGUGCAAGCAGCCCUGGAAUGGUUGAAGAAUCGCCUGGCUGCUACAAAGAUGUCAAUAGAGUUGUUAAUCUAAGCGACGCAAUCGGACUAACGAAGAAGGUUUGCCGUUUAAAGCCGUGCCUGGUCAUUAAAGGCUAA